AGGAGAGCACUUUUCCACAGUCGCUGAAAAUUUGUAUUCUUGCCAGAGUUUGUUUCAGUUUCCUCUAGUUAAUUUUUGGGCAUUAAAAAUCCUUACGCCAUGGAUGACUUUGGUGUCUUUGACUAUAAGCGUCCUGCCAGCGCCAAAGAUCUUGAUUGGAGAACCUCGUACUAUCGUGGACAUCGUCACAUCACUGAUCUGAGGAUGGGCAACAAGCUAAACGCCAAGUUCACGGACAAGGGCAUUUAUGUGAAUGACCCGCUACUGUCGGAGAAGCUGACCUCCGAAAGCAUGGCUAAUUAUGUGUGGCAGUACAACGAUCCCAAUGCCCUCAGGAAUCCCUGCCUUGGCGUGAAAACGCAAUACAUGAAGCCGUUCGAGGAUGGCUAUCUUCGCUUUAUAAAGCGAAAGAUGAAGCCAAUUUCGAGUGUUAGUCAUGACUCGUUCGUGCUUAAGGAACUGCCAGAGGAGCAGGAGGUACUGCCGGUAACAAUGCCAACCCCGGUUGCGGCCACCAAGCUGGUCAUCGACCGUUCGCAGGCGUCCUACAGCAAGCACCUGGAUCCCUCCGCCACCACCUACAAUCUUUCGUAUGUACGCAUGAGUCCCGAGGAUUUAUGUGGUGGAAUAGCAGCUCACGAUAAUAUAACAUACUGGAAUUGGUCAGAGAAGAUGCCGCCCCCUCAGAAAGUAGCCCGGGAACCGGAUCCCAUUAUGUGCGACGACGGACCCACGAAUCUCUGCCCCAAGCGACGGUGCGAGUUCCAGAACCUCACCAAACGGGUUCCGCAUUCGGGAUCAAUCACCGAGGUACGAGCCAACUUCACGGAUCCCCGGUUCCGAACGGUGGAGUUUGAUCCGGAAGUAAAACCGAUACUGGAGUAUGCGGAAGUAACACCGUUCGCCAAGAAAAGCGAGUACGCCAUCUACGGAUCGGGAGAACCGGUUAUUAAGUACGUUUAGAAGUUACCAUUGUAAAUUGUUUCGACUUCUCAUUGAGCUAAAUUUAUGUUUAAGCAAAGUAAGGCAUGCCAUUCUUAAAAGCCGACCUUUUUAUCUUACUCCCUUGAACGUUUAAUAAACGUAUUUAUUUGAAAUUUAA